AAAUGGAAUUGAGCAUUCCUAGUCUUUAUCUCAUCGCAUCACACUCUGUCUUUAAGUUUAUCAUCAUAUUCAUACCUAACAACACUGUGUAAACUAGUGGUCAUUAGAACACUUUGUCUUUUUCUCUAAUUAAAAUGGGUACAGCAACCUGCGUCGAUAUCAUUCUUGCUAUCAUCCUUCCUCCUCUUGGUGUCUUCCUCAAGUUUGGCUGCAACGUUGAGUUCUGGAUCUGUUUGAUACUUACCAUUUUAGGCUAUCUUCCUGGAAUUAUAUAUGCCAUCUAUGCUAUAACUAAGUGAUCAUCAGCUAUGUACUCCUCAAUUUAUCUUUUGUGUAUCAUGAAUAGUUUUCAAGGGCGUUCAAUUCAGAACAAAAGUGAUUCUUUUUUUUAUCUCUUUUAGUGUCAAUAUUCUAUUUCCUUUUUGCUCUGUUUUUAACUUCAGUUUUUGUCCUGUGUGAAGCUUGUGAUGUAAACUCUAUUAUUACUCCGUCUCAAUAAUCUUGUUCAUGUGUCAUUGACUUUAAAUAUAUUCACUUCAAUAUUCAUUGUUAAAUCUGA